AUGUCGCUUUCCGGCAAGAUGACGCUCAUCACAGGCGGCGGCAAGAAUCUCGGUGCGCUGAUCGCCACCCUCUUCGCGGCCGAAGGGUCUAAUUUGGCUCUGCACUACAACUCUUCAUCGACGCGAAAGGCCGCCGAGGCCCUCGCUGCAGACCUCUCCUCCAAGCACAAGGACGUCAAAGUCAACGUCUACCAAGGGGACCUGACCACCGCGGCAAAUGUCGAGACACUAUUCAACAGCGUCGCCGCGGACUUUGGCCCGAAGCUGGACAUCGUGAUCAACACGGUCGGCAUGGUUCUCAAGAAACCACUCGUCGAGAUCUCCGAGAAGGAAUACGAUACAAUGUUCGCGAUCAACUCGAAAGCGGCCUUCUUCAUCACCCAGGAAGCCGCCAGGCGGAUCAGCGACGGUGGCAAGAUCAUCAACACGGUGACUAGCCUCCUAGCCGCGUACGCGCCAUCCUACACUUCCUACCAAGGGAGUAAGAGUCCCGUGGAGUGGUUCACCAAGGGGCUGAGCAAAGAGUUGAUGCCAAGGGGGAUCAGCGUCAACGCGGUCGCUCCAGGGCCGAUGACCUGCUGGUGCAUUGCUGCCUCUGUAAACCUCAGGCGGGAGAAAAAGAUUUAA